AUGAGCAGUGAAAGCUUGAAAAGACCUGAGUAUGAGGAAGCUGUCGAGGAGGAGACGAUGGAGAAGAAAAUGAAACUUCAGUCGUUUGAUCACAGCUCUCUAAGUGAACCUGUAUCGACCAUUGAGAUCAUCCCUUCUGAUAAGUUUCGAAAGCACACUGGACAAGGUUACAAACCGAAAGGAAACGUGAAUGGGACGCAAAGUGUGCAACCCACCGAGUUCGAACAGCAACUGUCACAAAUGGACCACGAGUCCGUUUACGCGCAGGAGUCAGAACAGGAUAAGACGUUUGCACGGGCCGGGCUUCCUGAGAACUUCUCACCUCAGACACAUAGCAUAUCAUUUCAGCAAUUGGACGCGGAACAGAGCUUCUUGCCCGGGUUCAAAGACUCCAACACUUCUGCGGUAGUACGGUUUUUUGGUGUGACAGAUCAGGGCCAUUCGGUUCUCUGUAAUGUUACAGGGUUUAGGCAUUACCUGUACGUCCCUGCCCCAGCAGAUUUUACUGCACAAGACAUCCCAGCCUUUUUAAAACAUCUCAAUGGAUCUUUUGAGAAUAAUGUGGACAACAUUGAAAUUGUUGAUCGCCAGUCCAUCUGGGGUUAUUCGGGCAAUUCAAAACUGCCGUUCUUGAAAGUAUAUGUUAUCAAUCCCAAUGGAAUUAACAAGAUUAGAACCGCAUUCGAACGCGGCUACAUAAAUUACAACGAUACGUGGUAUUCGGGCGGAACCACCACUUACGACAACAUCGCCUACCCUUUAAGAGUGAUGAUUGAUUGUGGUAUCGUCGGUAUGUCAUGGAUAACAUUGCCAGAAGGGAAAUAUCAAAUGAUCGAAGAGAAAGACCGUGUGAGCACUUGCCAGCUGGAGGUAAGGGUGAACUUUAGGGACUUAAAGGCCCAUCCCGCCGAGGGUGAAUGGUCUCAUUCUGCUCCUCUGAGGAUUUUAUCAUUUGAUAUAGAGUGUGCAGGAAGAGUGGGUGUUUUUCCAGAGCCGGACGUGGAUCCGGUUAUCCAAAUUGCUAAUGUGGUUAGUAUAGCAGGUGAGCCUAAACCCUUUAUACGUAAUGUGUUCACUGUGAACACUUGUUCGCCCAUAACAGGCUCACAAAUCUAUGAGCAUACUACUGAAAAUGACAUGCUAAAACACUGGAGGGACUUUGUUGUCGAAGCAGAUCCAGAUGUAAUUAUUGGCUACAACACAUCGAAUUUCGAUUUACCAUAUUUAUUAGAUCGUGCCCGAGCACUUAAAAUCGAAAAGUUUCCUUAUUUCGGUAGGUUAUCCAAUGUGAAGCAAGAAGUCAAGGAAUCUAUCUUCUCAUCUAAAGCAUACGGUACUAGAGAAUCCAAAAAUGUCAAUAUUGAUGGACGUUUGCAACUUGACCUGCUGCAAUUUGUUCAGCGUGAGUAUAAACUAAGAUCGUAUACACUAAAUGCAGUCUCAGCACAUUUUCUAGGUGAACAGAAAGAAGAUGUCCACCAUAGCAUUAUUACUUCUUUACAGAAUGGUGAUUCGGAAACCAGACGGAGACUGGCAGUGUACUGCUUAAAGGAUGCAUAUCUUCCGUUGAGACUUCUCGAAAAGCUAAUGGCAUUAGUGAACUACACAGAAAUGGCUCGUGUGACGGGUGUGCCUUUCUCUUACCUUUUGGCUCGUGGCCAGCAGAUUAAAGUCGUUUCUCAGUUGUUUCGCAAGUGUCUUCAAAUUGACACUGUAAUUCCUAAUAUGCAAUCACAAGGAUCUGAUGAACAAUAUGAAGGAGCUACAGUAAUUGAACCAAUCAGGGGCUAUUACGAUGUUCCCAUAGCAACUUUAGAUUUCAACUCCCUAUAUCCAAGUAUCAUGAUGGCACAUAAUUUGUGCUAUACUACUCUUUGUAAUAAGUCCACAGCGGAUAGAUUGCAGCUUAAGAAGGAUGAGGAUUAUAUUAUUACACCAAAUGGGGACUAUUUUGUAACAUCAAAACUAAGACGUGGUAUUCUGCCCGAAAUUUUAGAAGAGUUGAUUGGCGCUAGAAAACGUGCGAAGAAAGAUCUGAAGGAAGAAAAGGAUCCAUUUAAACGUGAUGUGUUGAAUGGUAGACAGUUAGCUUUGAAAAUCUCUGCAAACUCAGUUUAUGGUUUCACCGGUGCUACUGUUGGUAAGUUACCUUGUCUAGCAAUAUCGUCUUCGGUAACAUCUUUUGGACGUACUAUGAUUGAGAAGACUAAAAAUGCUGUAGAGGAAAAAUACUGCAUAAAAAACGGUUUCAAGUACGAUGCAGUUGUUGUGUAUGGUGACACAGAUUCUGUCAUGGUUAAAUUUGGAACAAAGAAUUUGGAAGAGACAAUGAGUCUCGGCGCUGAGGCUGCAGCUUAUGUUUCUUCUCUUUUCAAACAUCCGAUCAACCUGGAGUUCGAGAAGGUUUACUUCCCUUAUUUAUUGAUUAACAAGAAGCGAUAUGCUGGACUUUAUUGGACAAGGCCCGAUAAAUAUGACAAACUGGAUCAAAAAGGUUUGGCAUCAGUACGCCGUGACUCUUGUCCCUUGGUUUCAAUAGUUAUGAAUAAAGUGCUGAGAAAAAUCCUGAUUGAAAGAAAUGUUCAAGGUGCUUUGGAAUUCAUAAAAACAACAAUUGACGAUAUUUUACACAAUCGCGCAGAUAUUUCAAAAUUGAUCAUUUCGAAAACUCUUGCCCCAAAUUACACAAAUCCCCAGCCACAUGCAGUUUUGGCUGAAAGAAUCAAGAAAAGAGACGGUGUUGGACCAAACGUUGGGGAUCGUGUGGACUAUGUUGUUAUCGGUGGCAAUGAUAAACUUUACAACAGAGCGGAAGAUCCGCUUUAUGUACUGGAGCAGAGUAUUCAGAUAGACUCCAAGUACUAUCUUACCAAUCAACUACAAAACCCAAUUAUAAGUAUCGUCGCCCCAAUCAUUGGCGAAAAGCAGGCAAAUGCGAUGUUUAUUGUGAAGUCGAUUAAAAUCAGCACAGGAAAUGCCAAGGGCGGCUUGAUGGGCUUUAUUAAAAAAGUGCAAAUGUGUAAAGGAUGCAAAGGUCCAUUAAAAAAAAAUGAAGGUCCUUUAUGCGGGAACUGCCAAGGGAGGGUAGGUGAACUGUAUGUCAAAACAUUAUAUGACGUGAGAGAUCUUGAGGAAAAGUUCGCACGUCUGUGGACUCAAUGCCAAAGAUGUUCAGGAAGUCUUCACAAUGAGGUUCUUUGCUCUAAUAAAAACUGUGACAUCUUCUAUAUGCGCGUUAAGUCUAGGAAAGAGUUACAGGAGAAAGUUGAUGAACUGAGUAAAUGGUAG